CAGUCUAAGAACAAUGUCUUCUUUCACCUUCCUUUUGUUGUGCAUCCAGGCUUGUCUCAUCCAGCAAGCAUUCAGCCAAGUAUAUGGUCUCGGUGGCUAUGGGCCUUCGUACGGUGCAGUUGGUGUUGGGGAAGUGGACGUGUCUGCUCUUAAUGUUGAGUCCUUCGGCCUCGGUGCCGGCUAUGGCGGCCUGAACAACAUUGGUGGGUUGGGCCUUGGCGCGGCGGGACUUAAUAACGUAGCUCUUGGAGGCUACGGCCUUGGCGGUGUUGGACUUGGAAAUGUUGGCCUUAACGGUGUAGGACUCGGUGGUGUUGGCCUCAACGGUGUUGGGCUCGGCGGUGUUGGCCUCGGCGGUGUUGGAAUCGGCGGUGUUGGACUGGGAGGUCUAUCGUUAGCUGGAUACGGUGGUGUAGGUAAUGGUGCUUUGGGAGUGAACGGAGAACUACCAGUGAGUGGUACCACAGCCGUCGCUGGGGCAGUACCAGUGUUGGGAGCUGUGCAGUUCAGUGGUAGUGUACCAGCCAUCGGUUCCGUGUCCAUUUCUGGUAACUGCGGUUGCGGUGGUACCCCUUAUGGAACCUAUUAAUUUGUUGA